AGUGCUUACUCCUCGGAUUGUGCAACAAUCGUCUAUGGCGGAUGUCGGACUUCAGUAUGGAGCCAUCUGCACAGCCAUGGAGAUGUACAGGUAUCUAUUUAGUCCACGAGCUCUUGCUUUGUCCGGUCUGGAUGCUCGAUUUUUCUGUUUAGAUGCUCAAAUCUUAGAUCCUCAAACCGACAAAUUGAGCAAUGGCUGACAAUCCCACCUCCGGCCUUGGCCCGCUGCUCUCACCCGAAGCCUCUAUCGUUCUGCCCGAUGAUGCCGACUUUGCCAAGUAUACAGAUCGCUGGAGACAAUGGCACGCGCCGGACGUCGCUGCGGUAGUGCGAGUUGCCACUGAGGCAGACGUGCAGCAGACAGUACGCUUUGCUGCCCAGCAUGACAUCCCUUUCGUGGCGAGGGCCGGGGGACACGGGGCAACCGAGUCUUUAGGGACGGCAAAGAAGGCAAUCCAGCUUGAUCUCCGCUCCCUCAACCAGGUCAAAGUGUUAGAGGGCGGCACAACAGCCAUCAUCGGCGGCGGUGCCGACGCGAAGCACGUUGUCAAUGAGUUGGAGAAGGUGGGAAAGCGAGCAGUGACCGGCGUGUGCGAGAACGUGGGCAUUUCCGCCGUCAUCUUGGGAGGAGGUCACGGAUACCUGCAGGGAAAGUACGGUCUCGCAGCCGACCAGGUCAUCUCAGCACGCCUUGUUCUCGCCAAUGGCGAGUUGAUCACCGUGUCGGAAAUCAGCCAUCCAGACUUGUUCUGGGCACUCAAAGGCGCGGGUCACAACUUCGGCAUUGUCACAGAGUGGGAAUACCGCGUCUACGACGCUCCGGCUCACAAGUACUCUUACCAAACGUUCAUCUACUCGGGAGACAAGCUAGAGGCCUUUUUUGAACUUGCCAACCGCAUGCUUCAAGGUCAGCCGGCAGAGGUCACACAGUGGACAUACCUCGUCGGGAUUCCGCCGAUUGAUGCUGAUCAUCCCGUCAUUUUCUUCUGCCUCGUUUAUGACGGUCCGGCCGGUGCAGCGAAGGAAUACGCCGCCCCGUUCCACUCAAUCGGACCACUCUCCGCCCAAGCCGGGGAGGCCACUUACCACGAGCUCGCCGUCCUCACCUUCCAAGACGCGGACGGCCUCGGUUGCGCGUAUGGCUCUACCUCGCUGCGCUUCCCAACCGUUCUCGAAUCCUACAACCCCUCGGCCCUGCGCAAGGUUUACGACGACUUCGACGCCACCUUGCGACAAGUCCCCGAGCUCGCCCGCACAAUCUGGCUCAUCGAGGGCCACGCCGUCCAGGCGGUGCAGGCGGUCGACCCGAACUCGACUGCGUUUCCGCAUCGGAGUGAGAAUGUACUGAUCUCGCCGUUCAUCAACUAUAAGCCCGACCCGGCUCUGGACGAGGUGGCGCAGGCGCUUGGGCGGAGGACAAGGCAGUAUUUGCUAGAUGGGAGCGAUGACCCGACCCAGCUCAGAGCCUAUGUCAACUAUGCGCAUGGGGAUGAGCCGCUUGGGGCGGUGUAUGGGUGGGAGGACUGGAGGUUGGAGAAGUUGCGGGGGCUGAAGAAGAAGUAUGACCCGGAGUAUCGGAUGCGGUAUUAUGUCCCUAUACUGUGAGGGUGGUUGGAGAUUUGGUUGGAAAUUUGAAGUAGUGGAUCUCUUGAAGGGAGUCACGCCCUGUCCGACCUGGCUAGGGUGAUUCCUCGGUGGAGGAGUUGCCCAAGGGGCACAGGGACGCUUUUGGAAUAGGUCCUGCGCUGGGGAUUCGGCACAUCUGGGUCGAAUCGCUCUGCAUCAAACAAAACGACGAGACCGACUGUCUCGAGCAAUCACCCAGUAUGGCAUCGAUAUACAGCAAUGAACGUUGCAGCAUCGCAGCGACAAUGGGCAUCAGAUGGGACCCAGGGUUUUUCAGCGAGAGAGACCCUUUCACGGUCGAGGGGACCACGCUUGAAUCAAG